AUGGAGAGGCUUAUACCAAUAACUAAUAGUUUACAGGAGAUUUUGGAAAUUUUAAGUUUAGGAGCUUCUAAUGAAGAUAUACAUAGUGAUAGACAAGUAUUGACUAUAGAUCUCCCACAAAUUGCUGUAGUAGGUGCACAAUCUGUAGGUAAAUCAUCUUUACUUGAAUUUAUUAUAGGUAGAAGAUUUUUACCUAGAGGCAGGGGGAUAGUAACAAGAAGGCCACUUAUAUUACAGCUUCAACAGAUAAAGGAUAAUCAAGAUGAUUAUGCUGAGUUUGGUCAUAAGAAAGGAAAAAUAUUCACAGAUUUUGAUUUAGUGAGACAGGAAAUAGAAAAUGAAACAAUUCGCUUAAUUGGAAAUAAAAAGUCAGUAUCUGCUACACCCAUAUUAUUAAGAAUUUUUUCAAAAAGGGUAAUAAAUUUAACUUUAGUUGAUCUUCCAGGUUUAACAAAAGUACCCGUCGAGGGUCAACCAAUAGAUAUAGAUAUUCAAAUACGAAAAAUUGUAAUGCCUUAUAUUCGUCGUUCAACAUGUAUAAUAUUAGCUGUAACUGCAGCUAAUACAGAUAUUGCAAAUUCUGAUAGCUUAAAUGUAGCUAGAGAGGUUGAUCCAGAAGGAAUUCGUACAAUUGGAGUAUUAACUAAGAUUGAUAUUAUUGAUGAUUAUAAUAAUACAAUGCAAGUAAUUAAUAAUAAAUCUUAUCCUUUAAGGAGAGGCUAUGUUGCUGUUAUGUGUAGAGAUUUAAAGGAAGAACUAUCAAAUUCAUAUAGAAGUAUAGAUGAGUCUAUUAUUGAAGAAAAGAACUAUUUUGAAUCUAAUCCACAAUUUAAAGAUAUUGCUUAUCGUUGUGGGACUACAUACUUAGCAAAAAUGUUACAAUCUACAUUAUUAGAAUAUAUUAAAGAUUCCUUACCUCAAUUAAAUGAACAAGCAAAUAAAAUAAUUAGGGAUAAGGAGAAGGAAUUAGAAAAAUAUGGUGAAAUUAACCAUAUGGAUAUUUUAGGUAAUUUUGAGGGUGGUUUGAACAACAAAAGUGCAAUAAUAUUAAAUUGUUUUUCUAAAUUCUCACGUAGUUUUCAAGAUAUGAUUGAUGGACAAGCAUCCUAUCAUACUGGUUUAAUUAAAUUAUCUGGGGGUGCUAGACUUAAUUAUAUAUUUCAUAAUUGGUUUGGUCAAACAUUAUUUAAUUUUGAUCCCCUUUCAGGUUUAUCAGAUAGUGAGAUUAGAACUGCUAUCAAAAAUUCAACAGGAACGAAAUCAUCCUUAUUUGUACCUGAAGGUGCUUUUGAAGUUUUAGCUAGGAUACAGAUAGCUAAACUACUUCAACCAUCCUUGACCUGUGUAGAACAGGUAUAUCAUGAACUUAAAAAACUUGUGGAACAAUGCAAAUUGCCAGAAAUGAUGCAUUUUUAUAAUUUAAAACGAAACAUUACAAAUGUAGUAAAUAAUUUAUUAGAUAAUAGUCUGAGACCUACAAAUGAAGCUAUUAUUAAUUUAAUUAAUAUGGAAUUAGCUUAUAUUAACACAAAUCAUCCUGAUUUCAUUGGUGGAGCAGUUGCUUUAUCUAAUAUUUUUGAUAAAAAUAUGCAAAAUAUAAAAUUAAGUGAAUCUAAUGUAUUAGACCAUGUAAUUACAACUACAAAAAAUAUCACUAAUAAUCUAAAUUGUGAUCUUCAACAUAUAAAUACACCAACAUACAAACAAGAUAAAAAUAUUGAAAAUUUCUUUAAAAGUGUAUCUGAACCUAGUAAUUUAAAUCUAAAUAAUGUGGAAAUAGAUUCAGAAAAUGGUAAAAGUACCUUUAAUUCAGCUAAUCCAUACUCUGAUAAUAAUUCAAGUACACUAUUUAGUACUAUUUCAAAGACUUUAAAAAAUAUUGCAAAUACAACAAAUCUUAAUACAUCUAAUAUAAAUAAUGUAAUAUAUAAUAAUACAACUAUAGAUCAUAUAGAUAUUUCAUCUAAUACAAAUAAAUGUAUAUCCCUCAAAAAAAGUGUAUUUAACCAAAAUAAUAAUGAAGGGAAAAUUGCAUUACCAAUUGUUCCAGAUAUAGUUGCAACUUCUGAAGAUCCAUCUGAACGUGAAAAAAUAGAGGCUGAAAUUAUCAAAUUCUUCAUUGUUUCAUACUUUAAUGUUGUUCGCAAAAAUAUUGCUGAUUAUGUACCAAAAGCUAUUAUGUACUUUAUGGUUAAUACAAUUAAGGAUUCUAUACAACGCGAGUUAGUUACACAACUUUAUAAAGAAGAGUUAUUUGACACCUUACUUAAAGAAGAUGAAGUAAUUAUUGAAAAGAGGCAUAAUUGUCAUCAAUAUAUCCGUGAAUUAAGGAUAUUUUGCAUCAAUUAG